UGGAUCUCCCGCAGUCUUGGGGGGGAGUCACUGAGGGUUCCCUAUAAAUAUGUCACCGAGGGUGGUGACUCAUCUGACGCUUUAGAGGACUGUUGAGUGCUGGGGAACCAAUGAGUGAGAGGUUAGUUGGAUAAUUAAUUGAAUGAGUUGAUCCGUGAUGGGAAUGGUUAGGGGAGUCAAUGAAGAGUCAUUUUAGCAAGUUGGGGAAAGGAGGCAGCAUGAGUGAGUUGAUAGGGAGGACAAGGGCAUCGGCACAGUUCAUCGGUGUCAGAAUAAGGGAAUUGACAGUAGCCUUCCAUGAGGAACUGCCUUUCCCAUUUGCUACUGGAGUUGACGGUGUUUCCUGCUGGCAGAAUCAGGGACAUGCCAGCACUGUAAGGGUUAAUCUCUUAUCAGCCCCCACCGUUGGAGGUGGGUGAGCCAGGAGGACAGGGGAGGCCUUGCUUUUCUCUUACGGUUCUGUAGUCAUUUCAAGUUGUAGCCCACAUGCUUCCUUUCCCAUUGAUCCUUUUUACCAUAGUUUUGUUUAUUUCCCCUAGUUCCCUUGUUGUUACCUUUUAUUUCCUCACCACCCAUCCCCCACCCCUACCUGCUGUCACCGGGCUUGGAUUCUGGGCUAGUGGGAUACCCUCCGUUGCAGAGCGGGAUGAGUGGGUGCUCCGGCGGGGAUGUGGUCCUUUCCGGCCAGUGAGAGCGGGAGUGCCACAGCCCACUUCUUCCUUGGAGCUGGAGAUGAAGGGCUGGGCACCCAUCGAAUAGGCAUGAGGACAGAAGAAAGUGACAGCGAGCUCCUGGAGGAUGAGGAGGAUGAAGUGCCUCCUGAACCUCAGAUCAUUGUUGGCAUCUGUGCCAUGACCAAGAAAUCCAAGUCCAAGCCAAUGACACAAAUCCUAGAGCGACUCUGCAGAUUUGACUACCUGACUGUUAUUAUCCUGGGAGAAGAUGUGAUCCUCAAUGAACCUGUGGAAAACUGGCCAUCCUGCCACUGCCUCAUUUCCUUCCACUCCAAAGGCUUUCCUCUGGACAAAGCUGUUGCUUACUCCAAGCUUCGAAACCCCUUUCUUAUCAAUGACCUGGCUAUGCAGUAUUACAUCCAGGAUAGGAGGGAGGUGUACCGGAUCCUGCAAGAGGAGGGUAUUGAUCUGCCUCGAUAUGCUGUGCUCAACCGUGACCCUGCCCGGCCUGAGGAGUGCAACCUGAUAGAAGGUGAAGACCAGGUAGAGGUAAAUGGAGCUGUCUUUCCCAAACCAUUUGUGGAGAAGCCAGUGAGUGCAGAGGACCACAAUGUUUACAUCUACUACCCCAGCUCAGCUGGAGGAGGAAGCCAGCGCCUCUUUCGUAAGAUUGGCAGCCGAAGCAGCGUUUACUCUCCUGAGAGCAGCGUCCGAAAGACAGGGUCAUACAUCUAUGAGGAGUUUAUGCCAACAGAUGGCACAGAUGUCAAGGUAUAUACAGUGGGGCCAGAUUAUGCCCACGCUGAAGCCAGAAAAUCUCCAGCUUUGGAUGGGAAGGUCGAACGAGACAGUGAAGGGAAAGAAAUUCGAUAUCCAGUCAUGCUGACCGCCAUGGAAAAGCUGGUGGCCAGGAAAGUCUGCGUAGCUUUUAAGCAAACAGUUUGCGGUUUUGACCUUCUUCGUGCCAAUGGUCAUUCCUUUGUGUGUGAUGUCAAUGGCUUUAGUUUUGUCAAGAAUUCGAUGAAAUACUAUGACGACUGUGCCAAGAUUCUGGGGAACACAAUAAUGCGGGAACUUGCUCCACAGUUCCAGAUCCCAUGGUCAAUCCCCACAGAGGCCGAGGACAUUCCCAUUGUCCCUACCACAUCUGGCACUAUGAUGGAACUUCGUUGUGUCAUUGCAAUUAUUCGGCAUGGGGAUCGUACCCCCAAGCAGAAGAUGAAGAUGGAAGUGACACACCCAAGGUUUUUUAGUCUAUUUAAAGAACAUGGUGGCUACAAGACAGGGAAAUUAAAACUAAAGCGGCCCGAGCAGCUACAGGAAGUGCUGGACAUUGCAAGGCUGCUAUUGGCGGAACUGGAGAAAGAACCAGGUGGUGAGAUCGAGGAGAAGACUGGGAAACUAGAACAGCUGAAGUCUGUGCUGGAGAUGUAUGGUCAUUUCUCAGGCAUCAACCGGAAGGUGCAGUUGACUUACUAUCCUCAUGGAGUAAAAGCUUCUAAUGAGGGGCAAGAUCCACAGCAGGAGGCUCUGGCCCCAUCUCUCCUGCUGGUACUGAAGUGGGGUGGAGAAUUGACUCCUGCUGGCCGUGUUCAGGCUGAGGAGCUGGGGAGAGCUUUUCGCUGCAUGUACCCUGGAGGACAGGGUGACUAUGCUGGCUUCCCUGGCUGUGGGCUGCUUCGUCUUCACAGCACUUUCCGCCAUGAUCUCAAGAUCUAUGCCUCUGAUGAGGGCCGUGUCCAGAUGACUGCUGCUGCCUUUGCCAAGGGCCUUUUGGCUCUAGAAGGGGAGCUGACACCCAUUUUGGUACAAAUGGUGAAGAGUGCCAACAUGAAUGGGCUCCUGGACAGCGAUGGUGAUUCCUUGAGCAGCUGCCAGCACCGGGUGAAGGCUCAACUUCACCAUAUCUUGCAGCGGGAUGUACCCUUUGGCCCUGAGGAUUAUGAUCAGCUGGCUCCUACUGGAAGCACUUCCCUACUCAACUCCAUGGCUGUCAUCCAGAAUCCUGUAAAGGUCUGUGAUCAGGUAUUUGCCCUGAUUGAAAACCUCACUCACCAGAUUCGGGAACGGAUGCAGGACCCCAACUCUGUAGACGUGCAACUCUACCACAGUGAGACACUAGAGCUAAUGCUACAGCGUUGGAGCAAGCUGGAGCGUGACUUUCGACAGAAGAGUGGGCGCUAUGAUAUCAGUAAGAUCCCUGACAUCUAUGAUUGUGUCAAGUAUGAUGUGCAACACAAUGCAAGUCUGGGACUUCAAGGCACAGCAGAGUUGCUACAUCUCUCUAAGGCAUUGGCUGAUGUGGUCAUUCCCCAGGAGUACGGGAUCAGUCGGGAGGAGAAACUGGAAAUUGCCGUGGGCUUCUGUCUUCCACUGUUGCGGAAGAUACUACUUGACCUGCAGAGAACCCACGAGGAUGAGUCUGUCAACAAGCUGCAUCCCCUGUACUCCCGAGGAGUGCUCUCCCCAGGCCGCCAUGUUCGAACACGUCUCUAUUUCACCAGUGAAAGCCACGUCCACUCCCUACUCAAUGUCUUCCGUUAUGGGGGACUUCUUGAUGAAACCCAGGAUGCACAAUGGCAGCGAGCUUUGGCUUACCUUAGUGCUAUCUCAGAGCUCAACUACAUGACCCAGAUUGUCAUCAUGCUCUAUGAGGACAACACACAGGAUCCCUUAUCAGAGGAGCGCUUCCAUGUGGAGUUGCACUUCAGUCCUGGAGUGAAAGGUGUCGAGGAAGAAGGCAGUGCCCCAGCUGGAUAUGGAUUCCGUCCAGCCUCUUCUGAGAAUGAGGAGAUGAAAACGGACCAAGGCAGCAUGGAGAACCUGUGCCCAAGGAAGGCAUCAGAUGAGCCAGACCGGGCAUUGCAGACGUCGCCCCAGCCCUCUGAGGGUCCUGGCCUCCCAAGGAGAUCACCCCUCAUUCGUAACCGAAAAGCUGGUUCCAUGGAGGUGCUUUCUGAGACUUCAUCCUCCAGGCCUGGUGGCUACCGGCUCUUUUCGUCUUCACGGCCACCAACAGAGAUGAAGCAGAGUGGCCUAGGCUCACAGUGCACAGGGCUGUUCAGCACCACAGUGCUGGGUGGCUCCUCCAGCGCCCCGAAUCUUCAGGACUACGCCCGCAGCCAUGGCAAAAAGCUACCACCUGCCAGUCUGAAGCAUCGAGAUGAGUUCUUGUUUGUCCCGGCCGUAAAACGAUUUUCUGUGUCGUUUGCAAAGCAUCCGACUAACGGAUUUGAAGGGUGCUCCAUGGUGCCUACCAUCUACCCCCUAGAAACACUGCAUAAUGCUCUUUCCCUGCGUCAAGUAAGUGAAUUCUUGAGCGGGGUCUGCCAGCGCCACACUGAUGUCCAAGCACAGGCAUCUGCAGCCCUUUUCGAGUCUAUGCACAGCAACCAGGCCUCAGAUAGUGCAUUUUCCCUACCCUGUACUCUUCAUUCACCUACCAUGCAACUCCGGCAGCGCUCUGAGAAGCCCCCUUGGUACAGCAGUGGCCCUUCCAGCACUGUGUCCAGUGCUGGUCCAUCUUCCCCUACUACAGUGGAUGGUAACUGCCAAUUUGGCUUCAGUGAUCAACCCUCCCUAAGUUCGCACACGACUGAAGAAUGUCAAGGCCUUAGGAUGCACCAGGAGAUCCCUGGGAAUGGAGCACAAAAUCUGCUCAUAGAAGGAGGAGAGCAAGAGCCUUUUGAACUAAAUCAGUCUCCACAGGAACCACCUAUGGAAACCAGCCAACCAUGCCAAGAGGUUGCUGAGGAGGACAGCCAGCCAUGCCAACAUGUCCCUGACAUUAGCCAGCCAUGCCAAGACAUCCCUGAAGAGGUCAGCCAGCCAUGCCGGGAGGUCCCUGACAACAGCCAGCCAUGCAAGGAAACACAUGAUGAUGUUAACCAGACAUGCCAGGAGGUCCCUCAGAUCAGCCCGCUGUGCCAGAAGGGCAGCCAACUGUGCGAGAAAGUUUCUGAGGAAGCUUGCCAGCUUUGCCAGGAGAACCCUGAAGAGGUUAACCAGCCAUGCCAGGGGACCUCUGUGGAAGUUGGCAGGAUGGUCCAUGGGUUUCCUGAAGGGAUUGGUGGCCUGGUCCAGGAAAUCCUUGUGGAAGUUGGCAAGCCAGCCCAAGAGAUCCCUGAGGAGCUCAGCCAACCAUGCCAGUUUUCUUUGGAGGUUGGCAGACUGGCCCAAGAGGCUUCUACAGCCAGUCUAUUGUCUCAGGAUAUCCCUGAGGUUGAUACACCAUCCCAAGAGUUCCCUGAGGAGGGUGAUCUACAGGUCCAGGAGGUCCCUGAGGAGGUUAAUCAGCAGUCUUGCGUGGUUCCUGAGGUGAUUGACCAAUUGCCUGGAGAGGAUGCUCCCCAAGCCCAGUAUCAAUCUAGUGAUCCAAACCCUCAGAGCCAGUCUCUAGCCCAUGACCAAAACUUACCCCUUCCAUCAGCAACAUGUGAUUAAUCAUUUUCUCAUUGGUGGUGUUACACUAUACCAGCCAUUUGAGCUAGCAACUUUUUCUGUUGGCUAACUCACCUGCCAGCGAAAGGCCUUGGACCUUACCAGAGGUGUCUGAGGAAGCAGUCCUCUUGGCAUGAAGCAUACCUGUACUAGAUGGAGCUGGGCUGGUGAGGGGCCAUUUCCAUAUUCAUAGAAGCUCUUGGCUCCUCACCAAGCCAUUGGACUUGAAUAGGAUUUCUUUUGAGAGGUGGGCUGGUCUAUCAUUACCCAGCCUCCUCAGAGAAUCCCAGGAAAUUCCAGAUUGUUAAAGGAAAUGCCUGUUAAUUGCUUAAGAACUCCAUCCGGGGACAAUAAGCACAAAAGGGGACUCCAAGGUCUUCACUUUUCUGGGGAAAUAUUCACAAAUUCUCAAAGUACCUUUAGACCAUAUGUGCAUUCAGGGGGACUCUUAUCUUUGCUAGCACUCCUCAGGUGGGCCCAGGAUGGCUGUCUGAAAUGGCAGGGGUGGGGGAAGAGUCCCCUUCCCAAACAAACAUCCAUCAUGGCCGCUAGUCUUUAGACUGGACUUAUGGGUAUUUCCAUAUCAUCCCCAAGUGCCCUCUCUGCCCCAGUCCUGUUCCUUUGGGCAAUAGCUCUAUGGAAAAAUAGGUAUUAGAUUGCUGUGAAAAUUUCAGAGUAACUACUUAAAAUGCUCUGGGGGUUCUUGGCCAAUCUGUGAAGCUAGGCCUCCUUUUGUUGUGGGUUUUUUGGCUUAGGAGAUGCUGUAGUAGAGAAAAUCAGGUUCUAUUUUAAGCAAUCAGCAGAGAUCAAUAUUGUAUAGACAUGAGCAAAGAUUUUAUAUAUAUAUAUAUAUA